AUGUAUAAUAUAAUAAACCAUCCACAGCAAUUCUCCAUGAAUUCGCUAGUAGGCACCACUCCCGCCAAAAGUAACUACGUGGAAUACGUUUUCCCGGAUCAUGAGAUAAAAGUUAGGCUACAAGUACGAGUAGCUAGUUGCGCCUCCAAAAAAUCCAAUGAGUCUGCGGCGGUGCAAAAGCAAGAUUCAACUAAUUCCGAAGAAGAAAAAAUUUCCACCUGA